UAAAGCUCCCUUAAUUGAACCUUAGUUGUAAGUUAUAACCAAACCAAAGAAGCUGAGGCAAGCAAUUUAUUGUAUGUAACAGGUGCUCCAAAAGUGCAAAUGCAAUCUGACUGUAAUGGAGCAUAUCAGAUUGUUACUCAGUUGUUCUUGCAUGAUCAUUAUGUGGCCUCCUCUGCAGCACUGCUACAAAUAUCCCAUCUUCCUCUUCAUGAAUUAGUCAACCAUAGAAAUUAGACUACUUUGUAUAACAUAACAUCAAUGGCUAAGCUAGCUAUGCCAGGUCCUGUUCUUUCUUUCCUGCUUCUGUUCUUCUUCUUGGGGGAGAUUUCGAUGUUGGUGAAUGGACAGAAAGCUUGGUGUGUGGCAAAGCCUGCAGCACCACAACAAGCACUGCAGUCAGCUCUGGACUAUGCCUGUAACUAUGCAGAUUGCAGCCCUACAAAGAAAGGAGGUUCUUGCUAUGACCCGGAUAGGCCAGCGCACCAUGCCUCAUUUGCCAUGAAUGCUUACUACCAGAAGAUGGGAAGAAACCAAUGGAACUGUCAUUUUAACAAUACCAGUCUCAUUUCCUUGGCAGAUCCAAGUUACAAUCCCUGCUGCCAAUUUGUGAGUGGAGGAUCAGUAUAA